UUUAUGACUGGUUUUGGUCAUACGUCUCUCUCUCUCUCUCUCUCUCUCUCUUCAUCUCUUCCUUUCCAUAGACUCUCUCUCUCUCUCUGGAUUGUGUUAUCUGCCCUUGUUCUUGAUACUCUCUGUAUCCCUCAAUUAGCUUCUGAUCUUCAUUUGAUCAUCUCUGUACUUAUUUAUAUAUAUUGACACAUAUAUCUAAUCCUAGUUUGAUUUGGUUCACCAUUGUUGGGGUUUCUUCAUAGUUCCCUAAUUCUCGUCGACAACAAUCAGCUAAUUGGAUUCGUUAGCCGCACCCUUCUGGUUCAAGAUCGGUCCGAUCAAUCAAUACCCAGUAAAAUCAAUGCAUUUCUAAUAAGAUCAACGUUUCGAUAAAACGGUAGUUCUGUGUAGUGUUUUUAUAGAAUCUUGAGUUUUAGGGUUUUUGGUGGAGUGUGGAGAUGUUGGCAGCUGGAUUACAGUUCGGUCGAAGUCGUGGAGGAGACCGGUUUUACGAUCCAGCGAAGGCUCGUAGGAACUAUCAGAAUCAGCAGAGUCAAGAUCAUCUUCGGAGAGCUCAGAGUGAUGAUGUGACUGUGCAGAGUCAAUCUCCUUCGAAAGAGGACAAGUCUGUGGUUUCAAAGGAGAGUCCUAAGCCAGUAGUCACGCCGGCAUUGGAGCCAGUGGUGUCGCCUUUGUGUAAUCUUGAAAGGUUUUUGGAAUCGAUUACACCUUCUGUUCCUGCUCAGUAUCUCUCUAAGACAACUAUGAGGGGUUGGAGGACUUGUGAUGUGGAAUUUCGACCAUACUUUGUGCUUGGUGAUUUGUGGGAGUCAUUUAAGGAGUGGAGCGCUUAUGGUGUUGGCGUGCCAUUAAUUUUGAACGAUAGUGAUAGCGUGGUUCAAUACUAUGUCCCAUAUUUAUCUGCUAUUCAAAUAUAUGGUGAUCGUUCGAAGUGUUCAGUGAAAUCAAGGCAACCUGUUGAGGACAGUGACUAUUUCAGGGAUUCAGGUAGUGAUGGUAGCAGUGAUUCGGAACAUGAGAAAUGCUUGAAUUACUCUAGAGAACAACGGAAUCAUCACCACCUAAGAAGCGAGAUUCAGCAUAAUGCCCUUCAAGAAGGCUUCUCUAGUGAUGAGGGUGAAUCUGGGAACACCCAAAAAUGCCUUCUGUUUGAGUAUCUUGAACGGGACCAACCGUAUGGUCGUGAACCUCUUGCUGACAAGAUAUCAGAUCUUGCCCUCCAUUUCCCUGAGCUGAAAACACUAAGAAGUUGUGAUCUACUAUAUUCCAGUUGGAUUUCUGUGGCCUGGUAUCCCAUUUACAGAAUACCAAUGGGGCCAACAUUAAAAGAUUUGGAUGCUUGCUUUCUGACUUACCACUCUCUUCAUACGCCUUUGUCAGGCACUCAAAGUGCGCAGGCCCCAGUUGUGACUUAUCCCAGUGAGAUUGAUGGCAUCCCCAGGAUUUCAUUACCGGUAUUUGCUCUUGCUUCAUACAAGUUCAAGGAAUCCAUUUGGAUGCCAAAUGGGGGAUGUGAGAGACAAUUGUUGAACCCUCUCUUGCAGGCUGCUGACAAAUGGCUAACUCUGCUUCAGGUCAAUCACCCGGAUUUUCUUUUCUUCCACCGUAGAUAAAAUUAGGUGCAGACUUCCCUUAUGUUUUCCAUUGUACGAUUCUAGGGAAGAAGCCCAACUCAUUCCGUUAUAAAGGCAUGGUUCUCUUCUGAGUAAAAUAUCCAAUGUUGGUUUUUGUGGGGAUCAAGAUAGAAACGUUGAGUUCAUGUUUCUGGUUUGGUUUGCUGCUAUUGUUAUAUUUUGAAAAGAAAAAAAAGAAGAAGAAAAAAACAAAAGAAAAAUACUUACCCCAAAAAAAAGAAAAAAAAAAGCAAGAAAAGAACAGAGAAAAUAUAGUGUUAGAUGCAGGGCUGAGCUAUGCCUGUUACAUGAGAUAACAGGCUUUUUUUUCCUUGGUCAGUACUUAGAUUGUAAUAUUUUAUGUAACAUUUUGAAGGGAUUUUGAUAGAGAGGAUGUACAAUAGUAUGAAGUUGUAGCUGCCCCAUGAUCAUGACCUGUGUCACUAAUCCUUGUAUUGUUUGACUAGAAAUGGCCGUUUAAAAGAGUACUGAUGUUUAGGGAAUAUUGGUGUACAAUAUUUUUGAAUAUUUUCAGCUAUAUUAAUUGCUUCUGUAGUAAA